AUGGUAUCCUCCGCGUCUUCCCGUGAGGAGCAAAAUCUCCAGCGAGCAGUCGCUGAAGCUUUCGACAUCGACUAUCUUGAUCCUUUUGACUCGGCCUCGCGAUUUUUUGAGUACUUGAAAAUGCGUCUGAGAGAGUGGGACCGCAAGAGUACUGGCUAUCCACUGGCAACUAAUCCUGUUAUUGCACAUUUUGAUACCAUCUGCAGUGAGACCAACUUUGAUUUGGAACACUGUGUUGACAAAAUGGUUUCAUUCCUGGCAGCAGCAAUAACUUGUCUCCAUGAACAUGUGCUAAAAAGAACUGUACCUUCUACAAAGAGCAAGCAGAAAACCAAAAACAGUAAUGCAGGCAGCAAGCUGACCCCGAAGGAGUGGUGGGAUUAUCACGUCAGCAACAAUAAAACCCAGCUUGAAUUCUGGGAGAAGGUCAUAUCUAAAGCUAAUGAGAUUGAUAAUGAACAUUUCAAGACUAGUGCUUUGAAUCCAAGUGAUAAGGAUAGGGUGAGAUGA